CAGCAAUUCUGGAACACAGCUAUGAUAUCAUCUCACCUGUAUGACAACAUUACAUAAAAAUAUACAAACCAAUGUAACAUACAAGGUGGAAACAUCACACAGGCACGUACUAUUUCUCUGUACUACUCUACUAAUAUUAUCUACAAAAAGAUUCAAAAAUUUUGUUUGAUAGCGUUUAGUCAACCAAUGAGGACAAACUAACAAAGGCUUCUGUAUCCUGAUUAGUCAGUCAAACGUCAUUCUAUCCAAUGAAUAGGAUUUUUCGCGUCCAUUGUUGAAGUCAGAUGAUUGUCAGCAUAUAAAAUCAUAAUAAAAUACAUCUCACAGAAAGUAGACGAAGUUUAACUAUGGACUAUUCCAAUGGAAGUUCAACUGCUAUUUGUGAAUUAUGUAAAAAGAACAAUCACUUGUACACCUGUCCUCAAUGUGGCAUAAAGUAUUGUGGGUUGGAAUGUUAUAAAUCAGAGGCACAUCUGGAUUGUUCUGAAAACUUUUACAAACAAUGUGUGAUAGAUGAAUUAAAAUAUCAGGAAAGUGAUCCAGAUAAUAGAAAAAAGAUGUUAGAAAUUCUUAAAAGAGUAGAGGCAGCAGAUUUAGGAGAGAUUUUAGAAGACAACGAAGAGGGUGAUGAUAUAUGUAAUGACGAAAAUUGUUCAUUGGAUUCAGAUGAUGAAGAACUUCUUGACUUGGAAACCAGAUUGCAAAAUGUUAAUUUUGAAAAUCCAGAUGAGCUUUGGUCAGUUUUAUCAGAUACAGAAAAACAAGAAUUUGAAUCACUAUUAAAGAAUGGAGAAUUGGAAAAAAUAUUGCCUGCCUGGACACCAUGGUGGGCUCAUAGUGUGCAAAAGAAAAUAACUGAGCUUAACAGAGAGAACAUUGAAGAUACAGAUGUUUCAAAACUUCCUGCUAUAGUAGAUGUACCUUUAUUUCCUGAAUUACAGAAAGCAUCUUCUUCUGUGCAGUUCAAUAUAGUAAAUGUGAUAUAUGCUUAUGCAUAUAUAGCUCUAUAUUAUUAUGGAGAUUAUCUGAACUGUUCGGAGGAUGCUACACAUGUCUUUCUAAUGAUAUGUGAAAAUAUGAGAAACAACACAAUCUUUGAAAACGCAGAUUCGGCAAUUGAAUCAGUUAUAAAAUGUAUAAAGAGUGUUGAGUGGUUGGCGCGAGAUAAACCAACUCUGGAAGCGUUGAGAGAAGCUGGAAAUUCCAUUAUGAGACCGGUUACUGGUGAGAAAACUAUUUACAUUUCUGCAGCACUCUCCGAACUUCAUAGAUUAUUGACAGCAGCUAAGACAGAAAUUUCAAAGGAUAAGAAUACAAACGUUAAACAGGGUUUUACAAAAAGAUUUCCGCAAAAGUAUUAUAACGGCAUACAUUUAUCCAAGAAAAGCAUAUUUUUGUCUUUGAAAAAAUUAGAGUAUUAUUUAUCGUAUGUGAAAACGUAUAAAAAUCUUGUGUGAAAAAAUAUAUAUGUAUAUAGAGAGCAAAGAAAAAUAAAAUUUUACAAAUUACAUAUAUGUUAUUAAUAUUUUUCCGAAAUAAUUGGUUAAAUAACGCUAAACUGAUCAAUAAAGAAAUGAAUAUACUGUUAGAAGAUGAUUUUUUAAAUAGAAAUUAUAUUGUGCGAUAUACUUUUAAAAGUUUUUCGACAUUUAUGAAAAUUCUUUGCUGUGUGUAUGCGUACAUACUUAAUCAGCUGAUAACGUGCGCGUGCGUGUCAAAAAAAAAAAAACACGUUGCUAUAAUGCGCUAUUGCACUUUGAGCGUCU